GUGCGCAGGAGACCAGAUGUGAAUUUGAGGAGAUAUAGUCGUAUAUUUUGAAAUAUCUGGAAUAUCAAUAUAGCAGUCAUGUGGUUUAAACUCACUUUAGCCACUGUUGUGCUCCUUAGCGCCAGCUGUUCAGCCAAGCAAUCUAACCCAAAAGUCCAGGUGUAUAGCUGCAAUCCUGGAGAGUUUGACAAAAAGAAUGUGCUGAUCUACCGUGUUAGUGGCUUCCAUCCUCCUGAUGUCACCACUGACCUCCUCAAGAAUGGCCAGGAGAUUAUGAACACCAGCCAGACAGUCAUGGCCUUCGAGCAGGGCUGGGACUUUCACCUGACAAAGUUCGUGGACUUCCAUCCCCAGAGCGGAGAGGUGUAUGCCUGCAAAGUCCGACACUUGACGAACGUUAAGACCUACACAUGGGAGCCUGACAUGUGAAUGCAAAACACAAUUAGAAAUACCUGAAAUCAACACUUCACCCUUUCUCUACAUUUACUCCAGAAAUUCUCCAAUACUGCAAGCUCAAUCAUACGCACUUGCUUUGA